AUGAGCAAAAGAAAGGUCGACGAAGACUCGGACAUUGAUGUCAGUUCCACUGACGAAUCGGACGUCGAGAACACCCCUCAAGAUGCUGAGGAGGAGGAGAUUGUGGACGUCGAUUUUGACUACUUUGACCUAAACCCAGAAGUGGAUUUCCAUGCCACCAAGACGUUCCUUCGUCAAUUGUUGGGAGAUGAUGCAACUCAAUUCGAUAUUUCUGGCUUGGCUGAUUUGAUUUUGACCGAAAAUUCUGUUGGAACAACCAUCAAGACCGAAGGUCAGGAAGGUGAUCCAUUUGCAUUGCUUAGUGUGAUCGAUGCCACCACCAAUGCAAGCAAGCCUAGCGUAAAGGGACUUUUGGACUACUUUUUGGAGAAGACCCAGAAAUCGACUGAGUUCAACAUGAUCCUCAGAAAGUUGUUGGAUCCAAAAAAGACCACCAAAGACAAUAGUAAACAAUUGCGCGUGGGACUCGUCAUCAGCGAAAGAAUGAUCAAUAUGCCCGUAGAAGUGGUGCCCCCUAUGUACAAGAUGCUUCUUCAGGAGAUGGAAAAUGCUGAGAAUGCUCAUGAGAAGUAUGAGUUCGACUACUUCCUUGUGUUGUCAAAGAUCUAUAGAAUGGUGGAUGCGGAGGUUGAAUCCGAUGAGAAGCAGCCACAAAAGAAGCUGAAGUCGAAGGCUGAGCCGGGCGCCGACCUUGACUACUUCCACUAUGAGGAUAUUGUCCUUGAGGCCAACUCACGCUACCAUGCACAUUACGAGUACACACGGAAGCUCCAGGAAACGGAUUCGCGCCGUGUUUUCACUGAGUAUGGAAUUGAUCCACUUCUCAGUUUGAUUUUGUUGGACAAAAAGGGCUUGGAGAAGUCUGCUGUUGAAAUGGAGGAGAAGUUCCCUCCAUUCUAA